AGCGAUCGAUCACCCAAUAAUAAAAUCUUCAUCAAUCCCCACGAACGAAGUUAACCAUGUUCGGAGAGACCAUAACCUCCGAAUUCGACUCAUCUGUUUUAGAGAAUAUCCAGCAACAUCUUUUACAGAACGAUCUUCAAGACACUGCGUCGUUUUUGACAAAAGUUUACGACGACAAUAGGCCACCGUAUCACCGAAGCUCGAGCUUUGGCUGUCUCUUUCUAAAGGUGGACGACACGGACGUUUACGGUGGUUUCAGUGACGCUGUCAGUAUUAAAUGGGCUCCGUUAGAUCAGCGUGACGAUGUAACGGGAGCGGGAACGGAAACGGAAACGGAGUCCGUCGAGUCGGAGGCUGGUGUUGCGGUGGCGCGUUGUGUGGCACAGGCAGCGGAGAAGUACAGGGGGGUAAGGAGGAGGCCGUGAGGAAAGUACGCGGCGGAGAUAAGAGACCCAACGAAGAAGAGUGGCUCAAACUCAAGGGUGUGGCUCGGGACUUACGAGACGGCUGAGGAUGCAGCUUGGGCUUAUGACAGGGCCGCUUUCAAGAUGCGCGGCUCGAAAGCCAAGCUCAAUUUUCCUCACCUUAUUGGCUCGGAUGAGCAUGACUAUGAGCCCAUCAGAGUGACUGCCAAGCGUGGCUCUCCGGAGCCGUCGGCUUCGUCUUUCGCGUCGGAGCCUAAGCCAAAAAGGAGCAAAACUUGACUCGGACGGUGUUCGAAUUUCGAACACCGUAGACUUGCUGAAACGUGGCGCCCAGUUUGGCAGAUGAAUUGUAUAUUUGACCUUUUUUGUUUUUUUGUUUUUUUUGCUCUCAAAUAUCCAAUCCAAUCCACUUCAGCUGAUAUUUCAAAUAUUCAGAUGUUUCAAA